UCUGCUAGCCUAGGAUGUUCUCUUGAACCUGAGGUCCUGAGGUUAUAAGGAAAGAAAAAAUAAAAAUCAAAAGAUGAAUUUCAUCUGAUUAACUUCAUCUUCCCUUUCAAAUUUGAAUUAAAAAGUAAAUUGUGGGCUUUUACUCUAACUGCCAUUCAGUUUUCCUAUUGCUUCUUGAGUAGCUUGGGUUCCUAAAAUCUUACUUCGAUCGCUCAGAUGCUAGUGAAAGGAAGAAAAGUUGCAGGUAGGGGAGAAGAAAUGGCUGCACAUUAUGCGUUUGCUCCACUUGAAGACGAUACUAUCAUCAAACACAGGCUUCUUACUCGGACAACCACUACCAGGGGUGAGCCCCCAUUGAAGAAAAUUCAGAAAAAGUUCAUCUCUUUUGCCCUUGAGAUUGAUCGGGAUGCGGAUAACUAUGGUGCGUGUGAAAAGAUGUACAAAGCCUUCUUACAGGAGAUGGCCACUUUUGAACUUCCACUCCUCAAGAGCAAGGCAGUUAUGGACGCAAACCUUAGAGAAAAGGAGAACUUCAACGAGCUACAAGGUGAAUUACAUCGACAGAUCUCGCAAACACAGGCCGAUAUUGAAGAUCUUAAGAAACACCUUGAAAAAAGUAAAAUUGAAAGACAGCACAAGGAAGAAUGUGAAGCUAUCCGGAGGCUGAUCUCGAUGCAACCACCAAGGUCUGACACACAAAAGGAUAUAACUGAACUCGAGAAGGAGAUUGCAGCAUUGGAAGCAGAGAAUACUGCUGGUUCAAGAACAUUAGAGCUUCGCAAGAAACAGUUUUCGCUUUUGCUUCAUGUGGUGGAUGAACUUCAAAAUACCAUAGAAGAUGAGCAAAAGAGCUUGGCUGAGGAGCUUAGGGUGGCCAUGGAGGAACAGAAAAUCAGUCUGGAGGAUGCAACUGGUGGUACAGAAGCAAUGGCUAUUGAUUAGUCACUUUGUACUCCGUGAACUCUUCUGAAGACACGGAGCAAUGGCUAUUGAUUAGUCACCUUGUAGUUGCAAAAUCAAGGAUAUUUAUAUAUUCUUGUAUGCAAACUCGGUAAUGGGACUUGUCAGAUAGCUUGUAGUGUGGGAAUCUUGUGUUCUUUCCUGGAACUUGUGUGUCAAAGUCUGAAAAUUGUUCCCUGAAGUUCACUUUUGUUUUGUUUUCAGUAAUCUUAGCAUGAACUUUGCUUCUUAAAAUUAAUUGCUCAGAAAGUAAACGAC